GCAAAACAUCAUUGGGUUCAAUACUAACGACACAGCAACAUCUUCAGUCAGUUCGAAUAGUUCUAGAAUUAACUACAGAACUAUAGCUUCAGAAUGAAACUCUUCAAUGCCGUCCUUACCAUCUGCCUAGUGAGCUUCGCGGCCGCCCAGUCCGCAGAUCUCCUUACCGCACUGGAGCCUUCCUCCGAGUACCUGCCACCCGUCGGCGAGGCGGAGGCCGCCCAGCUCUCGGAGAACGGAUAUAAGUACAGGACCGUCCGCCGGCUUAGGCUGCGGCACCGCCGCGAGGUACCUAACCAGGAGUACCUUCCGCCCGUGGAAAAGGCACCUAGCCAGGAAUACCUGCCCCCCGUAGAUGCCGCAGCCAUUGGGGACACCAAGGUGGCCGACGACGGUUACCGCUAUAAGACCGUGCGCAAGCUUAAGUUCCGUGCUCGUCACCGCCGCGACGUCUCCGAAAUAGCUGAGCCCAGCAGCGAGUACCUGCCACCCGUACAGGUUGAGCUUGCUCCCGAGCUGAAAACCGUUCUGGGUGAUGAUGGCUACAAGUACAAGACAGUGCGCCGGCUCAAGUUCCGUCGCCACCGCCGCGAGGCUGUCGCCGAUGAGGGUGCUGCCGAGUCCGCCCCUAACGGAGAAUACCUGCCCCCCGCCGAGGCCGCCGCUGCCGCCCCCGCUGCUGCUGAGGCUGAGGCUGAGCCAAAGGCCGCUGUGGAGGGCACUGAGCUGGCCAAGGACGGCUACCGCUACAAGACUGUGCGCCGUCUGCGUUACCGCUACCGCCACUAGGCCUCUGAAUCGAACCUAGGCAAAUUGAACCAAAUUGAUCCUGAAAGUACAUUUAAGAAGUAGAGUCGGACGGGCCUCAGCCAUUCGACUGACUUCUCUUUUUUGCCCUUCCUAAUACUUAUUCACU